AUGUCGGCUGUUCCAUCCCUACACAACACUAUUGGCGCCAUUCAGAUUUGCUCCCUAGUCUCUAUUUUUCUCUUUGGGGUUCUGACUCUACAGUCCCAUCUCUAUUUCAUGCACUAUCCAAGGGACAAGUGGUUCAUCAAAGCUUUGGUCACCAUAACAUGGUUACUCGAAUUAGGACAUUCGAUCUGCGUCGCCGGCGAGGUCUACCGAGUGACGAUCACAUAUUACGGCCAGCCUGAAGAACUCGGGCGCAUCCCUCUCCUGCCAGUUUCGGUGACGUUUGGCGCUGUAAUCACUCUCCUCGUACAUGCGUUCUUCUCCCUUCGAAUCUACCGUCUCUUCCCACCACCCUACCACUACCUCGGAGUCUUCAUACUCCUUGCUAGUCUGAUCCCCUUCGUCGGUAAGCUGUACGCAUCCGCUCAAGCACUCAAAAACCCCGUCGUCUCGGAACUCGAAAAGCAAUGGGGGUGGCUGGCGAUUGCGUUGUUUUUCUGCGACGCGGGGAUGGAUGUCCUGCUUUCAGGCUCGUUGGUGGGGUAUCUGUGCAAGCAAAGAGGGAGUCCGUUUCGUCGGACGACGGACCUUGUGGAUCGACUCAUACAGUAUACCGUGUGUACUGCACUUCUGCCUUGCCUGACCUCCCUCGCCGCAGCCAUAAGCACACCAGUAGGCCAUUCUAUCCAAGGCUUUGAAGAACGAACCAGUCUGACAGAAGGUCCCAUGUUUAUUCGCCUCGUCGACCUUGAAGCGAUCUGGCUAGCCAUCUACACCUGCCUUGCGAAGCUGUACUCAAAUAGCGUCCUCGCAGCGCUCAACUCAAGGAAAACACUGAGAUCACGCCUCUCACCCACCGAAAUCGUCUCUUUGCCAGAGCUCGGAAUCAAGGACUCACAGGCGCCGCCAACCUCGGAACGAAUUCACUCGGCCAUACGGUUCAGUGCCAGUCCUGUCAAAGGUCAACGAGAGCCAACUCGCGGAGAGUCGGACGCCGAAUUAUCAACUGUUUGGACGACAUCUGAAAUGGGGGAUCGUGGAGAUAUCCACGGUGUGUUCUUAAUCUAA